AUGUUGUCCAUCAGGAACAGUGCUUCCGCCUAUUCCAGACUUACAUUGGCCGCUAGAAGAUCUCUGCACUGUACUUCCGCCCGUUGGCAAGUUCAAGGUGAUGUCCAGGGCGAUGCCAACCCUCUACAGGGCUCAAAAUACCACGUUGUGGACCACGAGUACGAUUGUGUUGUUGUAGGUGCAGGUGGUGCGGGUUUGAGAGCUGCUUUUGGGCUCGCAGAAGCUGGUUAUAAGACCGCUUGUAUUUCCAAGCUUUUCCCCACCAGAUCCCACACCGUGGCUGCCCAGGGUGGUAUUAAUGCAGCUUUGGGUAACAUGCACAAGGAUGACUGGCAAUGGCAUAUGUACGAUACCGUCAAGGGUUCGGAUUGGCUUGGAGACCAGGAUUCUAUCCACUAUAUGACUAGAGAAGCACCAAAGUCUAUUAUCGAAUUGGAACAUUUCGGUGUGCCUUUCUCCCGUACCGAAUCAGGCAGAAUUUACCAGAGAGCAUUCGGUGGUCAGUCCAAGGAGUACGGUAAAGGUGGUCAGGCGUACCGUACUUGUGCUGUCGCAGACAGAACGGGCCAUGCGCUAUUGCAUACGCUUUAUGGGCAGGCUCUAAGACACAAUACGCAUUUCUUCAUCGAGUACUUCGCUAUGGAUCUUUUGACCCAUAACGGUGAAGUGGUGGGUGUUAUCGCGUACAACCAGGAAGAUGGUACUAUUCACAGAUUCCGUGCUCAUAAGACUAUUAUUGCUACCGGUGGGUACGGUAGAACCUACUUCUCCUGUACUUCCGCGCAUACUUGUACUGGUGACGGUAAUGCGAUGGUUUCGCGUGCAGGUUUCCCAUUGCAAGAUCUUGAAUUUGUUCAAUUCCAUCCUUCUGGUAUCUACGGUUCAGGUUGUCUGAUCACCGAAGGUGCUCGUGGUGAAGGUGGAUUCCUUGUUAAUAGUGAAGGUGAAAGAUUCAUGGAACGUUAUGCUCCAACGGCUAAGGAUUUGGCCUGUAGAGAUGUCGUGUCACGUGCCAUUACCAUGGAGAUCAAAGAAGGCCGUGGUGUAGGUAAGGAGAAGGACCAUAUCUAUUUGCAACUAUCUCAUUUGCCUCCAGCUGUCUUGAAGGAACGUUUGCCUGGUAUCUCUGAGACGGCUGCCAUUUUCGCAGGUGUAGAUGUUACAAAACAACCUAUUCCAGUGCUACCAACUGUCCACUACAAUAUGGGUGGUGUUCCAACUAAAUGGAACGGUGAAGCAUUGACUAUCGAUGAAGAUGGUAAUGAUAAAGUUAUUCCAGGUUUGAUGGCUUGUGGUGAAGCUGCAUGUGUUUCCGUGCAUGGUGCCAACAGAUUGGGUGCUAACUCUUUGCUGGAUUUGGUCGUCUUUGGUCGUGCUGUGGCUCAUACCAUCUCUGAUACCCUGCAGCCAGGUUUACCACAUAAACCAUUGCCUGCUGACUUGGGUAAGGAGUCUAUCGCUAACUUGGAGAAACUAAGAACCGCCGAUGGUUCAAAACAUACUUCUGAGAUCAGAUUGAACAUGCAAAAAGCUAUGCAAGCAGAUGUUUCUGUUUUCAGAACUCAGCAGACUCUAGAUGAAGGUGUCAAGAACAUGGCUAAGAUUGAUUCCACUUUCAAGGAUGUUAAGGUCUCAGAUAGAUCCAUGAUUUGGAACUCUGAUUUGGUUGAAACUUUAGAAUUACAAAACUUGUUGACAAACGCUACACAAACCGCUACUUCUGCCGCAGCAAGAAAGGAAUCUCGUGGUGCUCAUGCAAGAGAAGAUUACCCAGAGAGAGAUGACGAAAACUGGAUGAAGCACACUCUAUCAUGGCAACAAUCCACAGCAAGUCCUGUUACUUUGAAAUACAGAAGUGUCAUCGAAACUACAUUGGACGAAAACGAAUGUAAACCAAUUCCACCUGCAGUGAGAGCUUACUAG